CUAAAUUUGUAGUAUCUCUGCUUCAGUAUUCAAGCUGUGGAGGUUGGUAAUUCUUUUCAACUCAUCCCAUUUCCUCCCAAAACAACACCAACUCAUUGAAAACAUAUAUAUAUGUUUGGGGUUUUUAACUUUUUGUGGCACAUAAAUAGCCCUGUUAAAGAUGUAGUAAGCUGCAAGGACACAAAAUGUCCUUUUCUCAGGACAGGAACUGGAAGGUGUGCAAUAAAUUAGAACUGGCAUUUCACACUAAGAGCAAACAAAAUGACUGCUUUGUUAUCUCAUUGUCAUCUUCAGAUAAAUUAAGUGGAGCAUCCACUUGGGGAAAAAACCAGCAGUAAUUCAUAAAUCAGAUAAUUAAAAAUGUGUCAUAUCUCAUACCAAAGAGAAGGAAACAGUUAAGGUUUUGUAAGCUUUCUUAGUUCUAACACAGAUCCAUAUUUUACAGUCAUAAUGUCUUGGGUUUAUGUGGUGAUAGGACAAUAUGGUGCAGCCCUAGUUGUCGCCAUACUCAUUUUCUCUUCGAGGUAUGUAUUAGAAGGUCGUUCAUACCAGUUUCUCACUGAAGUCACAGGUUCUUUGUAGGUUGUUAUCUUUACAAUUGCCCACCAUUUCACAAUAAAAGCAAUGAGAAUCAGUAGCACUGAAUCUUUUACUAAUGGGAGCUUCUUCCUCCUGAUGUUGUAAAAUGUUAUAAAAGGACAGAAGCAUGUUUUAACUAUUGUUUCUAAAACAGUACUAUGUGUGGUUUGGUUUUGGCGACAUUUGCAUUUAAAGUGUAUUCAGCACUAGCUCAAUCAUCAGUGAAGUUUAGUUUUGCUAAACAAAGCCUUUGCCUGGAAUACGCUGACUGCAGCAGUGCUAUUUUAAGGCUUUAAUGGUGUGAAAUGUAAGGUCAGUGCUCGUUUAAUGGUACUUAGCUAAUGACUUCAUAGUACCAGUGUUCAUGUUGACAUCACACUUUGCUAGAAAACGUUUUACAAUUCAGCUGUUCAAAAUAUUGUUUAAUUAUGAUUUUUGCUAAUGAUUCAUCAUGCAACUGAAUGGAAACUAAUUGCUUGUCUGGAAAAGAUUUGUAAGUGGGUUUAAAGAAACAAAGGACAAGAUCUUUUCAAACUUGCAUGCCAUUCUGUUUGGAGUGAAAGGCGGAAAAUUACAUUAAGGACAACUAUUUUUCAAGUGGUUCUUAAGAUUUUCUUGAACUGUUUCUGAUGCUGCCUUUAACAACAAACUUUUCAGGAGUAUGUCAGCUUAGUUUUUUAGGCUGUUGCAUUAGUACGAAUUCUGAAUUAAACAAUCCUUCCAUUAGUGAAAGUGGGGGUCAUGUUCAAUGCAUAAUGGAAUCAAAUGCAGUGCAAGCAUCUUUCAUUCAGCAGCAGGUACACACAGGAGGGCCUUCAGACACAGGAGAUAAGAUUUGUUGUCUUACCUGCUAACAGAAUAAGUCUUUGGUUCUUUGUAUGUCUGUCUUUAAAAUACCUAGAUGAACAGUGAAUUUUUUCUUUAAUAUGCUGUUAGUACUACAGUUCUAGCAGUAAGUUUUACCACCAGCAGUUCAUGGAAGAGUGAAAGUUGCUUCUGAAUAUCUGAACUGUAUAUUUUAUUUGAAGAAAACAACGGCUCCAGACCCUUUGUAUGGUUUUCUUUUUCAACAUAGAGCAAUAGCUGGUUUGUAUAUGCUGUGUUCUGCUAUUUUAAGAAGUUAGCACUUAUGGAUUGGGUGGGGUGGGGGGAGGGGUUGUUGGGGAUUUUUUUUGUGGGUUUGGUUUGGUUUUGGUUGGUUUUUUUAUUGUCCUGCAUUGUGUUCUCAGCAGUGCAGCUCCAUUACGGGGAUGGGAGCUCUGAGAAGGUGAUUAGGAAGUAGUAAUGUUGAAAGUAUAGUGCAGCCAAACCAUUUAGUUAAAAAGCCUUACCAGCUAAACUUGCUAUGAAGAGCCACUGGGUGUUAAGAACGCAGACAGUUGUCUGUAUCUGCAUUUCUGCCAUUACUGCUACUACUGAUUUUGCACAAGCAUUAGUGCAGGGAUGGGGAAUUUCUACAGCAAUACCAAUAUAAAGGCAGGAUUUAUAAAACUGUUGAGUAAGCAUUUUUUUUCUAGAGGGUAAGGCAGGGUCACAUGAUUGAUAGGAUCCCACGUGAUAUUAUUACUAAAUAUCAAAUGUCACAGGAUAGAAAAAGAAUAAUUUUGUUUUCUGUUACCACUUGUCUGGAGCACAUUUGGGCUGAAAAGGCUUGAUUCUGAGGACACUGUCUGUUCAAGUCUCUAUUCUUGAUUAGUUCUUAGCCUGUAGACACAAUCUCCUUGUUGGAGCUGUUAUUACUUCAUUUGCCUCAGAACUUUAAAUGCCAUAAUGGAUGAUACUUAACUAUUGCAAAUAUUUGGAUAUGCGCUUCGGUUGUAAUCCAUAAUGCAACUAUAGCUCUCCUGUUUAAGAACCUAUUUUCAUUUCUUUUGUACAUCUAAGUGUUAGUCAUUUAUUUCUGCAGUAAAAUGCCUGAUCUGAUCAAUUGAUAAGUCUUGCUGAGGCAGGCACGACCACAGGACCAGCACUGAAGUCAGCUGACUUUCUUGUUCGGGCUCACUGUAGCUAUUCAUCUGCAGUACUUCAGACUGCUGUGGCCAGUGGGUAAUAAGCAAACUGUUUUGUUGGAAGCUAUUAUGAAGAAUGGAAGUACUGCUGGGGGAGGUACUUACUGCCGAAAACCAGCGAGUAGCAGCAAUGAUCAAAGUAAGCCCAACAGCACGAAGGAGAGCAAUGCAUCUUGUGCAGGUGAAAGUGGAAAAGGCUACACGAAAGACCAAAUGGAAGGAGUAUUAAGUAUAAAGAAAUGUAAAAAUUAUUAUGAAGUCCUUGGGGUGUCAAAGGAUGCAGGUGAAGAAGACCUGAAGAAGGCUUAUAGAAAGCUUGCUUUGAAAUUCCACCCAGACAAAAACCGUGCACCUGGAGCAACAGAGGCUUUUAAAAAAAUUGGAAAUGCAUAUGCUGUGCUGAGUAAUCCAGAAAAACGAAAGCAGUAUGACCUUACAGGCAGCGAAGAGCAAACAUGCAAUCACCCUAGCAACGGUAGAUUCAACUUCCACAGAGGUUGCGAGGCAGAUAUUACUCCAGAGGAUCUAUUCAACAUGUUUUUUGGAGGGGCCUUUCCAACAGGUAGUGUACAUUCAUUUUCUAAUGGUCGUGCUGGCUACAGUCAUCCUAAUCAGCACCGUCAGAGCGGACAUGAGAGGGAGGAAGAGAGGGGUGAUGGAGGUUUCUCUAUGUUCAUUCAGCUGAUGCCUAUUAUUGUGUUGAUCCUUGUUUCCUUGUUGAGCCAGUUGAUGGUAUCUAACCCUCCUUACGCCUUAUACCCAAGAUCAAGUACAGGGCAGACCAUAAAAAUGCAGACAGAAAACUUGGGUGUUAUUUAUUAUGUCAACAAGGACUUUAGAAAUGAAUACAAAGGAGUGUCGUUACAGAAAGUGGAAAAGAAUGUGGAAGAGGAUUAUGUGUCCAACAUUCGUAAUAACUGUUGGAAGGAGAGGCAACAAAAAACAGACUUAAUUUAUGCAGCAAAAGUAUAUCGAGAUGACCGUCUCCAAAAGAAAGCAGACUCCGUGUCCAUGGACAGCUGCAAAGAACUAGAACGGCUGACCAGCCUCUAUCGAGGAGAAUGAACUACAAUUAUACACAUGCAUCUUUACGUAUGCCGUUAUCUCUCUUGUAAAUUAAGAAGAGAUUUAGUUUCACCAUGAAUGCUGGAAAAGAGGGGUGGAUGUAAAACUCUACUGUGUAGCUGUUUCCAGAAACCUUAUGCUGAAAUAUCAUUUAAUGGCUUCUUUACCUACUGUGAAAUAUAGGUAACUUUAAUUGUCUAGAUUUUACUUCAAAGCUUCUGUGAAUUCUUUCAGCAGAGAGAAUAGCUCAGAAAGGUUGCUGUACUUGUAGAGACUUAGUCAUAGUGGUUCUCCUCUAACAUAAUUUGCCAUGUAAAUAUCUGUGGAAAGAACACUUUGUGUAUAUAGGAGUUAAAUGACUUUCUAUUUAAAAUCUCAGAAAUUUAGUUCCAUACAACAUUUUGUCUCACUGAUGGAAUAAAUGGUAUGAUUACAUCACUCCUAUUCAGAUGUCAAGUGUGUGGAGUUGAAACAAGAAUUUUUAAUAUUUUAUCUCUUAACUCUAUGUGAAUUCUUCUAGGUUUACCAGCUUAGGGGAACUUGGUAUUUUUAAAUAUAAUGGCAUAUAUUCCUAAAUAUCUGUUGGGGUAUAUUGAUCUAGAAUAGAGCACCAGUUAACUGUUGUAGUUUUUUAGCAUUUAUAAGCAUUGCUGAGAAAACCAAGAAUUAAUCUCUUUUCAGAGUAAAUCUUUGCAAAUGCUGUACAGACCAUUAUAGGCAUUGCUUUUGGUACUUGCAACAGUUUACAGAAGCUCUACCACUUGGUAUUCCAGUAGUAGUAAGUCCAUAUAUAUGGUUAACAUGCAUCCAUAGCAUCCUUAAUUUUCAUUGGAAAGGUAGAGGAAAACAUGCAACAGCAAAAAUCUUAAAGCAUGACAAAAAAAAAAAAAAGGCAACCUAAUUUCUUUUCCUGGCAGGCUUCUAUUUUCUUACUAUUUUUUCACUUCAAGCUAGGUCCCAACACUGAUUCCUCAAUGGGCACUGCAAGUGGAACGGAAAUAUUGUUAAGGACAAGCUAUGUGCCUUUUGACACUUUUGCCAACUAUUUAAAUGCUUUGCUAGUUUGCAGUAUACUCCUGUGGUCAGAGCCAUAUCACUUGUCCCAGGGCAGAAGAGGUAGGGCAUGCAUUUUUCUGGACCAGAGUGUUGCUGGACUGACUUCCUAGAAAUGAGAAAACCUACCAUUUGGCUCUUACAUACAAGAUGAUGUAACUCAGUGGCCUGUACGUGGAAACUGUGUAGCCACACCUGCUGUUGCAGAGAGGUGUUUGGAGGCAGCUAAGUUUAUCAAAAGCAUGUUGAAAAUCUUUUCAGGUUCAGUAGCUGAUGUUUUUACAUUUUUAACAGUGCUAUGCAGGAGAAUGUUUCUUGUAUUUGAGAAUGCCAGCUGCUAGUAAUAAGGGCAGUAUUUUUUGUUUGAGAAAAUUGCUGUCUUUUAACAAUGCUAUCACUUUAUGUGGAGACUAAUUCUAAUUUGAAAGUUUAACAUUCGACUUCAUUGGAAGUCCUUCUGAUCUAGAGCAAGAUUUGACUUUAGAGAUAUGCUGAAUGCUAUUGCUCUAAGUGACCCAGAAAUAAUUUUGCAUAUAUACCUUUUCUAAACUGUCCCACUGGAAAUGUCCUCUAAUGAACUAGUGUAACAUGAGAGAGACUAGCUGCAGACUUUUAAUUAAGCAGCUAAACCAGCAUUCAAGGUGGACUUCAAAGCCUGAGGCACAAAGCAGAACUAAAAGCUGCUGAAACAAAACAAAAAAAAAAAAAAACAAACAAAAGGGUUGCUGUACUGGAUGUCCUUACUAAGAUAAUAGUCAAAGUGUGCAAAAGUAAUGGAAGGCACCCAAAUGUUUGAAGUUUGCAACAGAGAUUUAUGGAGAAAACGUGAUUCUCUGGAUUUUGUAACUGUCCAGAAUGUAUUGUAAUUACAGUAAUGAAAACAAACUAUCAAAAGUACAUAUUGGUACUCCUGUGUCUUCUUAAUAGAAGAAAAUUGUUCUAAAGGCUUUAACAAGUACUCGGGCCUUCCCGUUCACAAAUGAGUCUGAGCUUGCAGGUGAUCUUUUAGUUAAGAGGAAAAAGGAUAUAUAACACAUUUGUCAAAUGUCAGAACAGCGAAGUCAGAGUGAAGAGAUGGUCUUAGCAAAGCUGCUUACAGUAAUUGGGUGGGUUAUGUCUGUCCUGCAGUUACUUCUGCUGCAGCUGAGAAGCAGGUAAACGGAUGGAUGUUGAGCUGUGUUAGGUGGGUUAGAUUGCUGUCAGUGCUUCAGCAAAAUGGAGUAAUGCAGUGGAUGUGUCCUAUGGCAACACACACAUCCCAGCAGUUUAAAAGUGAGACCUAAGCUGCUGUGUUUCAUUGGAUUAUCUAUUGCAAUUGUCAUUUUCAAAGAAGGAAACAAUAUGUUUAUACUAGUGGAAAAAUGCUACUUAGCAUUUAACAGAUUAAAUACUUGCACACUUCGAAACAUGCAGCAGUAUGCAUAAGGAUGCUAUUAUUUCCUAUAGCGUAAAGAUUAACCUGCUCUAAAUACAGCCUGCAAACAUUCUUUUAAUAUUCCAAGUGGGUGUUUCUGUCCUCGUGAUUGUUACUUUUUUCUCAAGUCUGAAGGUUUUUUCUUCAGAAAUGUCAUUAUCUUUCCUGGUUUUGUUGAAGGAAUCUGAUGGAAAGGUCAGAACAAAUUUCCUUAUGAGCAAGAUGCUUAUUGAAGAGGGUGAAGUACUUGAAUCUUUUCAGAUGGCCUUUCUUCAGAAGAUGAAGUUCUCAUUAAAAUGAAAUACUGGAAAGAAAAGGGAAAACCAAAACUGUUUUUGAACAGCCUGACUAAAAAUAUCUCAACUUUUCUAGCUACCUAGAAUUAACUCCUGAUUUUUUUUAAUUAUUUUUUUAGUCAUCUCUAUUUAAUCUAGAAUUAAACACAGCAUAAGCAUGAGUUCUUGAUUUCUGCUCUAAAAGGACAAGCAGGAAAGUCCUGCAAAAAGUGAAAAAUCUUGGCAUGACUCUCUGACAUAGCAUAAUGAAAAAGGGAGAUGAUUUGCAUCUGCUGAAAUAAAACAUCAGUAUAUGUUCUAGUUAUGGAGCAUCCUGAGUCACAGGUGAAUUCAGUGUUCACAUCUGAUGAACAUCUGAUGAACAUUUCCCAACAAGUUCUCUAACUGUUAAGGUAAAACAAGAUUAAAUUUGGGUUUUUUACUUUUUUUAAACAGUCUUGAUUAUGUUACAAGUUUCCCAGAAAAGGUAGAGCAUUAUAGCACUGAAAUGUAUACAGGUGCAUUUAAAUAGGCUGCAGAGACAACUUUAAAUUAUAUACAUUUUUAAUAUAAUUUUGUAAUGAAUGCUGUAAAAGGAUUAAAAUAGGAGGGCAAGAAUAUGUUUUUUAAAACAAACAUGGUUGUUUGUUCCAUAAAUUUCAUUCAUCCCCUAAACAGUUGUUACUCUUUCUUCUUGUAGGUCUGUCGAAGAGAGCAGAAAGAAAAUGUAAUAGUAAAAGCAAACAUUUUGUUCUUGUAAAAAAAUCAGUUAAUAUACAAAUUCCUGAAGCUGUAACUUUAAAAAGUACUAGCUUCCCAGUUGUCUAAAUUGGGUUAACAGAGUGCAGUCAGUUUUACCAGAGGAAGCUUGGUUAUAAGGACUCCUGGCGACUGGCAGUCAGAAGCCCUGGUGCUGUGGCCCUUAUCUGCUAACAAUUCAUUGUAAUCUUGCAAACCCCACUGAUCUUGCUGCCUGGCUUUCCCCGUGCUCCUUUGCAAACCACUGGGUGGAGCCUGGAGAAAAGGGACCAUGUAACAAAUGUAAAAUUUUGUGCUGUAUUUGGCAUAUGUUUAAGAUACUUCAGGGAGCAAACAGUACAAAUGUAAUAAAUACAGGAAAGCAGUAUGCUAUUAUAAACUUAUCCUGCUCAUACUUCUCCAGGAUAAUUGUGAGACUUCUCAGUCUGGCAGGACCUAAGUCUGAGCAUCAGAUUUCCCCAGAUUUUUAAAAAUAAAUAAUAUUAGAAUACAAUGUUUAGUUACAAUGUUACCCUUCAUGUAGGAUAUACUUUUCCCAACAGUACUGGUUUGUUCUGUGUAUAGAAAGGCUGUCAUUGCAUUGUGGUUUAACCCCAGCCAGAAACUAAGUACUACACUCACUUGCUCCUCCCAGCCCCUGGUGGGAUGGGGGGGGAGAACUGGUAAAAAGGUAAAUCCCGUGGGUUGAGAGAACAGUUUAAUAAUUUAAAAUAAAAUAAAAUAUAAUAAUUGUAAUGAAAAGGGAGACAACAAAAAGAGAGACAGAAAUAAAACACCAGAAGGACAAGUGAUGCACAACACAACUGCUCACCACCCGCUGAUGCCCAGCCAGUCCCCAAGCAGCGACCAGUGCCCCCUGUCCAGCUCCCCCAAGUUUAUACACUGAGCAUGACAUUCCGUGGUAUGGAAUAGCCCUUUGGCUACCUCAGGUCAGCUGUCCUGGCUCUGCUCCCUCCUGGCUCCUUGUGCACCUCCUCCCUGGCAGAGCGUGAGACACUGAAAAGUCCUUGAUUUAGGAUAAGCACCCCUUAGCAACAACUAAAACUUCAGUGUGUUAUCGUUGUUCUCAUACUAGAUCCAAAAUGCAGGAUUGUACCAGCUACUAGGGAGAAAAUUAAUCCUACCCCAGCCAAAACCAGGACACACCGGAACAGGAGACAAAACUCCCAUUAAUAUUAGGAAUACAGGAGCCAUCUCACAGAUGCUUCUGCAUAGCUUUCAUUCGUGCUCGAUGUGACAGGGAAACAAGUAAAAUCAAUCAUUGAGCAUCAUGCCUACGAAUUAUAAAAAGCCAGUUGCAUUUUAAGACAUUUUCAGCAUAUGGUAGGGAAAUUUUUAAUAAAUGAAUGGACCAAGGUUGUCCCGGGUAGCAUUUUCAAAAUACUACCAGAAGCUUAUACAUGAGGAUUUUAUGGGGAUCUCUUUAGGUACCUCUCUGUUGCAGCCAAGUCCUUAUCAAAACUGCUGUGUCUGCAUGGCUUGGAUCAAGAAGGAGAUAUGGACUCUUAAUACUGAAAUAAAUCUGUCCUUUUGGAUGAGCUUUUCCUCUGUCACUUGCAAAAAACUGGCUUCCCUCAUUCUUUCGGGUUGUUUAAAACUUCACCAGACCUGCACAUUCAGGAACAUUUACAAUUUUCAGGUGAGCAUCAGGUUUUAUUAUUUUAAGUGCCAGUAUUCCGUCUAAGCAAAACUUCUGGGUAUCAACAGUGCUCGGGGACGCAGCGGCUCUGGUUUUUUAAGAGAGAAAAAAAAAAACACAAAACCGUUACAGGCUGAGCGGGGUUGUAGGGGGUUUUGUUGGAUCUACCAGUAGGGACCUGGAUUCUGACACAACGCUUUGAACAGACAGUUCCCGUUGUUCCGCUGCGGGUACGAGCUGGGUGAGUUUUAUUUCUUCACCUGCAGCUCCGUGGCUCGGGGGGCCACGUCCGCAAGUGCGGGACACGGGCAUCGCUGCGGGACAACGGGGCGCACCCGCGCUGAGCACAGACGGGCGCUGCUGUUGCUGUUGCUCUGACCCAAACGCUGUGGGUUUGGUGGGUUUUUUCCCCUCCAAGCUCGUGCUGCCGUUGCCAGCAGCGCCCCACACGGGCUCCUCAGCCAAAGCCUCCGCUGUGGGAGCGGCGCGGGGUCACCAGAGAGCACCGGCCCACCCCGGAGCCGAGCCCCGCUUCUGCCACCGACCCGCGUUUUCCACCCGGCGGGGCGGGGACCCUCGCAGCAGCCCCCGAGGUGCGCUCCGUGAGCCUGGCGGAGACACCUCGGGCUCGCAGGCUCCCGCCCCGGUCCCGCCGCCGCUGUUUGCAGUAGGAGCUCGUUCCGAGCCCGCGGCUGUCCGCAGAGCCCCUGACGCCGAGCGGGCACACAGCGCGUGGCGGGCCCUGCACCGCAGCCCGGCGCCUGGAACGAGCGCGGCGCCGCCCCGCGAACCGGGCGGUGCCACACGCAGCCCCCGCCCCUCCCGGCCCCGCCCCGCCCCGCCCCGCCCCGCCGAGCGCUGCCGGCGGCCGCUCGGGCGCAUGCCUGGGCGUGGGCAGCGGGACCAAUGCAGCGCGGGCAGGGCGGGGCGGCGGCGAUGCAGCGCUUCCGGGUUCGGGGGGGUGGCGCACCGUCAUGUGAUAGAGGCUUAAAGGGGAAGCGGCGGCUGCGGCGGGCCCGUGCGGGUGGGCGCCCAGGGCGGUGGCAGCGCAGGGCGAGCCGGCCGCACGGACAGGCCGGCGGAGGCGGCGGCGGCGGCGCUGGCGCUGGGAGGCCCCAGCUAUGGCCGACGACCUGAAGAGGUUUCUGUACAAGAAGCUGCCGAGCGUUGAAGGUCUUCAUGCUAUUGUAGUCUCAGAUAGAGAUGGUGUGCCUGUUAUCAAAGGGCUGAUUGUAAGUUUAGAGAAGGAGCUCACACCCCUGUUUGAAGAACUGAGGCAGGUUGUUGAAGUUUCUUAACCUGAUGGUAUAGCCAGAGUGCAGCAUCCCUCUGCAGCCCAGUGGACAGAAAGAUUCAAUAAUCUUCAGUCAAAUAACAAGUCUCAGAAGAAAUACCACAGCUCCUUAGUAUACUAAGUAAGAGUAAAUUGUACAUAGUACUGAAUCUGAAACUAUCUACUAGUGUGUUGUAGGUGGAUGUUACUUUAGGCCAUGCUUCUUGUAUUGUGCAGUACUGGAGAGACCACCACGAUAGCUCCCAUGGAGUUCAGCUCAGCCAGCUGAGCCAGGUCGGCAUGAUGCUGUUGGCUCAAAUGAGCAGCUCACAGAUCUCUUUCUUUACAGGAAACCAUGCACAUGGUGGGGUGUAUCCUCAGGCCAGAUACUGCUGGGUGUUGGAAAACAGAUUGGUUGUAUAGUAUUAUCAAAGAUGUGGUUGAAACAGUGUUGUGAGAGCAAGUUUACUAGCAGUGAUGUGUUGGUACAAUCAAAAAAUAUCCUAGCUUUCUUAUGUGGGUGAUAACUCUGGCAAGGGAAUGCUACUAAUCUGGAUGUUAGUUGCCUCCUGCUUCCACUAAGAAGAAAGCUAUUUCUAUGAAAGCUGUUGCUUUAGGGGUUUUCAUUAUGCCCAGAUAAAAGCAUCCAAACAAGUCUCACUUCUUCAUGGGGUUUUUGUGUAAUAUGGUUGUGAAGAUCUCAUGUCUCAUAGAUUUUGUGUGGGUUCAUCAUUGGUGACACUCUGCUCAUUUACCCUUAGGUUUUCUGAAGUAAAUAAAAUACAGUAUUUUUAAAUGACA